AUACUUGUUGCCUACUCAUUCUUCCCUGACUUAUAAUAUCUACGCUCAGUUGAACACAACACAACACAACACUCGCUCAUAUUCCUUCUAAUUCUCAGGGUUGUUUGUGAGGUAUAUCAUCAAAUCAAAUCAAAUCAUGGGAGAUAGUCAAUACUCGUUUUCUCUUACAACUUUUAGUCCUUCUGGUAAGCUUGUUCAGAUUGAACAUGCUUUAACUGCUGUUGGUUCUGGACAAACUUCUCUCGGUAUCAAAGCUGCAAAUGGAGUUGUCAUUGCCACAGAGAAGAAACUGCCAUCUAUAUUGGUUGAUGAAGCAUCAGUCCAGAAAAUUCAGUUAUUAACACCAAAUAUAGGUGUUGUAUACAGUGGCAUGGGUCCUGAUUUCCGAGUUUUGGUUCGAAAAAGCAGGAAACAGGCUGAGCAGUAUCACCGAUUGUAUAAGGAACCAAUCCCUGUCACUCAACUUGUAAGGGAAGUUGCUGCUGUUAUGCAGGAAUUUACUCAGUCUGGUGGUGUUAGGCCAUUUGGAGUGUCCCUGCUUGUUGCUGGGUUUGAUGAUAAUGGACCACAACUAUAUCAGGUAGAUCCAUCAGGUUCAUAUUUUUCUUGGAAAGCUUCUGCUAUGGGGAAAAAUGUUUCUAAUGCUAAGACAUUUCUUGAGAAGAGAUACACUGAUGAUAUGGAGCUUGAUGAUGCAGUCCACACAGCCAUAUUGACUCUGAAGGAAGGGUUUGAGGGACAGAUCUCAGCAAAAAACAUUGAAAUCGGCAUCAUUGGUGCAGACAAAAAGUUCAGGGUAUUGACACCAGCUGAAAUUGAUGAUUAUUUGGGCGAAGUAGAAUAAAUCUGCAAAGAAGAAUCCAAUGUCCCCAAAGUUGGUGUUUAUUUCAUAGUUGAGUUUAAUUGAAUUUCAAGAUGGGUUGAUGAAUGAAGACUUGUGAUGGCACUGGCAAAUUUGUGAGCUACUCUUGUGGUGGCCAGCAAGCCUUCUGAAAAACUUUUAUCCAAAGUCAUCAGAAUUACUAUACCCUAGCUUGUUUAAAUAUAAUAUGACAAUGGCCUUUAGUGAACACUAAUUUAUUUAUUUUUCCUUUUAUUAUCCGAUUGCACCUUAUUUAUAUGUGAUGAAUUGGGGAUCUUAGAUCAAUAUUUCCUUUUCAAA